AUGUCUUUCGGUGGAUUCGGUGGCUUCGGCCAGAACAACCAGCAGAGCUCCGGCUUUGGAACCGGCUCUGGGUUUGGAGGAUCAGGAACAGGAGGAGGCUUUGGGUCUACGUCGUCACCGUUUGGCGGCACUAAUACGACCGGUGGCGGCUUGUUCGGUAGCACAUCGGGCGGCUUUGGCUCCGGCGGAGGAUUCGGCUCUACUCAGAACCAGUCGAACUCCCUCUUUGGCAGUCAAAAUCGUACGACUGGCUUCGGAUCCACCCCUGCGACAAGCGGUGGCAGUCUCUUCGGGGGCGGUACUGCGACGUCUGGUGGCACGGGAUUCGGUGGCUUUGGUUCGACCUCGAACACAGGCGGAUUCGGUAGCGCCAACACUGGUGGUGGUAUGUUUGGCAACAAGACGGGUGGCUUUGGAAGCAGCACUGGCACAACUGGGUUUGGCACUGGAACAACAGGAGGCUUCGGGACCGGCACAACGACCACUGGGUUCGGUGCUGCGGCCGGAUCCGCCUUCCAAGGCGCUAUUCCUCCUUGCGAGGGAACUGGAGGCACUCCAUUCAACCCUGUGACGGAGAAGGACACCAGCUCCAAUGUCACCAACCACUACCAGAGCAUCACUUAUAUGCAACCUUACAGCAGAUACUCCUUUGAGGAACUUCGUCUAGCUGAUUAUCAACAAGGCCGUAGAUACGGCAACGGAAGCGGCCAGGCUGGAGCGUUCGGUACCCCUGCCUUUGGUGGAACUGGUUUUGGACAGCAGACUACCACCACUGGCUUCGGCGGUACCACGACUACGCCUUUCGGUGGUGCUGCUACGAGCGCGCCAUCUGCUUUUGGACAGACUGCCACGACUGGUGGUUUCGGUUCCACCUCGACGAACCCUUUGUUCGGAGCUCAGAAGCCAGCCACUUCCCUCUUCGGAACCUCAACCACCAACACCUCUCAGCCUACCCUCUUUGGCGGCAAUACCGCAACGACUGGUGGCUUUGGGAGCACCGGCGGUACGACUGGAGGCUUCGGAACGGGUGGUUCACUGUUUGGUAGCAACGCCAACCAGCAGCAACAGCAGAACAAACCGCUGUUUGGAGGCACCACAGGAACCGGAUUCGGUACUGGCACUGGAUUCGGUCAGCAGAACACUACCAGCGCCGCCAAUCCGUUCGGAGCGACGACAGCCACCGCUUCUCCGUUUGGUGGUCAGCAGCAGACUGGCACCAGUGCCUUUGGUGGAUUCGGACAGCAGAACCAGACCCAGCAAACAGGGACUGGUGGAGGGCUGUUUGGUGGCGCGAACCAGCAACAGCAGCAGAAGCCAAGUCUUUUUGGCUCAGGAACUGGAACUGGAACUGGGCUCUUUGGCCAAAACAACCAGCAGACUACCACUGGUGGUGGUCUCUUCGGCAAUACCAAUCAGCAAACGGGCACUGGAGGAUUGUUUGGUGGUGGUGCGCAGCAGCAGGAGCAAAAGCCUAGUCCGUUUGGAGGCGCCACGGCCACCGGAACCAGUGCCUUUGGUGGAUUUGGACAGCAAAACCAGAACCAGCAGGCCGGCACUGGUGGUGGCCUCUUUGGCAGCACUGCCAACCAGCAACAACAGAAGCCGAGUCUUUUCGGAAGCACCACCACGGGAGGUGGUCUUUUCGGCCAGACCAACACUGGAACUGCUCAACCAGGAGGCACCUCGCUUUUCGUCGGUGCGCAGAACCAGCAACAGCAGACUGGAGGCCUGGGGACCACAAGCUUGUUCGGCGGCACUCAAAACCAGCAGCAGCAACAGCAACCGUCGCCAGCUCCAGGCUCCCUACAGGCUUCGCUGCUGGAUGGAAAUCCUUAUGGCAACCAGUCUAUAUUCUCUGGAUUGCCGGGUCCCAAUGCCCCCAGCCCAGGUCCCCUUGCGACCCCUCUGUCUUCUAGCAUGAAACAGAAGCAGCGCACCCCUCUGCCUGUCUACAAGAUUACCCCCAAUGCGGCGAACCGUCUCAUCACCCCCCCUAAGCGCCAGGGAUACGGAUUUUCUUACUCUACCUACGGAUCCCCCUCUAGCACGACCAGCACCCCUAAUGGACUGGGCGGUAGCCUCUUGGGUGGUGGCAGCAUCCGCGGCGGUGCAGGUCUUACCGGCAGCUUCGGCCGUAGUUUUAACAAGAGUUUCUCUACUAGCAACCUGCGCAAGACUUUCGAUCCGGAUACCGAUAGCAUUCUGGCUCCUGGCGCGUUCACUCCUGGUAGUUCGCGCUACUCGAGCGGUAGCCUUAAGCGGCUGACAAUUGACCGCAGCCUGAGAAGCGAUCUCUUUUCACGCGCAGCUAGCACCUCUUCUGGUGCCAUCACCAACGGCGACGACGUCGCUCAUCAGGGCAGCAAAUUGAAGAAGAGGGUUAGCUUUGACUCCGAGUCGCAGGAGCCGGACGGUGCCGGCGAAGGUGCCGUUGUGCGUGCGGAGACUGAGAGCCCUGAGCCCACUGCUGAAGAACUCGGUUUCCUGCGAUCCGUCCGCAAGGACGGCCAGGUCAACGGUGUGAACGGCGUCAAGGCCACCGCAACAACGGUCGAGUCUCCUUCCCGGCCAGAGAUGGAGUCCGUCCGCGGCAACGAACUUGCUGUGGUCCCAGAGGCCGAGAGCCCCCCCACGAACGGUGUUUCCAAGUUGCCAUUUGUUCCCACUGCUGAUCCUCAGCCCGGCGAGUACUGGAUGAAGCCUUCGCGAGCUGAACUCAGCAAGAUGAGCCGCGAUGAGCUGAAGCACGUCGUCGGUUUUACGGUCGGACGCCAGAAGUGCGGUCAAGUCACUUUCGACGAGCCUGUUGACCUGACCACAGUCGACCUUGACCAGAUCUUCGGCGGAAUUGUCGUGAUUGGAGUUCGUUCGAUCACCGUCUACCCCGAUGAUGUGCACAAGCCCCCGAUGGGCAAGGGGCUCAACGUCCCCUCGACCCUCCGAAUCGAGAACUCCUGGCCCCGCGGUCGAGACAAGAAGUCACCGUCUCCCCUUACCAGCGGCCCUCUGUUCGACAAGCAUGUUGACCGUUUGAGAAAGGUGCACAACACCCAGUUCGUGGCAUACGAGAAGGAUGCCGGAACCUGGAUCUUCAAGGUGCCUCACUUCACCACUUAUGGUCUUGACUACGAUGACGACGAUGAAGGUGAGAGCCACAACCAAAGCACAUUGAGUGCCGCUCCUGACACACCCACUCCCAAGGCUCAUUCACCCGCGAAUCUGGACCACACCGUGGGCUCUGAGCCGACCUCAUCCUUUUCGAUCGACGAGUCUUUCGUGGGCUCUAUAGCCGGGGUGGAGGACGACACAUUCGAUUUUAAGAAGCGCAAGAUGGUCCCGGGAGCGUUUGGUAACCGGAUGGGAACGAUUGAAGAUGAGGGGGUAGAAUCGGAGGGAGAGACGGAGGAGUCUUUUUUAGAGGACGGCUCCGCGGGUUCGACUAUUGAACAGGAUGGCGACGAAGACGUUACUGAAAGUCAGCAAUCUAUCGAGUCAGAAGUUGGAUCUGAUGAGGACGACGAAAUGGAGAUGGCCGGCUCCUUUCCUACGCCUCAUCGCACCGCGGAGCAGGAUAAUACCACAGGCAGCAUUAUGUCGGAUUUUGAGUACACACAGCGCUCGGUUAACCCUUGGGGUACGCCAUCCAAAGCUCAGCUCGACCUUAGCGGAGACUGGGCAGACCAGCUGCAGCGAACGAUCAGUCCAAGGAAGCAGAACCGUGAUGCACUCCGUGAGAUACAAGCAAAUGCCUUUGCGGAUAAGCAUCUGCUGGAUGAUACGCCCAAGGACAAGACCGCGACGGACGGACGCCAGAAAGGUUUUACGACUAGCAUUGAUUUGAUGAAUUCGUUAUUUCAGCAACCGCGCAAGCAGGGACAGGCUCCAACGAAGAAGCAGAAUGUGCAACCCCAAGCUCUACAGUGGCCCUAUUCCAAGCAACCCAAGACCUUCGCCACCGACUCGAAUGAGCUUACUGAAGACGAUAUUGCGUUCCAUCACUCGUUCAAACCACGCUGGGGUCCUAUGGAUUCGAUCAUCUGCGCGAAGAAUGACAUGAGAAACACUCUUCCCGACCCUGGAGAGCCCUGGGAGCAGGGGUUUUCCAUUACGAGCGAAGGCCGCGAUAUCGUCCUACUGGCUUUCAAUAAGACUCCAGAGUCCGAGGCAUUGCUAGAGACUCAGCGUGAACAAUCUAUCGUUCGUCGCGUUGAUGGCGUCCCCUUUGCCCGUCUGGCAAAGGCUGAUCUGCGCCAAUUCAUUCAGCUCUCGGCACAGACCGACGCGGAGCGGCAGAUCUGGCAACUGGCAAACAUUCUCUUUAAUGACGAUAUUGAGGAUGAUAUCUCUGCUAGUGUCCCCGCCCAUCUUCGAUCGAGAUAUGCGCACCGCAUCAAGAAGGACCGUCUUAGUCGACUGUGGGAAAGUAUUGUCCGUGAGAGGCACCCGAAGGAUCUAGAGCAGUUCGACUCUGCAGAGGAACGUGCCGUUGCUUUGCUCUGUUCGCACCGGCUUGAUGAGGCUUGCAGGACAUUGGUGGAGAGUGGCAACUUGCAUCUUGCAACACUCCUCGCGCAAAUCGGCCGCAACUCAACUACGCGAGCUGAUAUGCAGAAGCAGGUCGAGUCAUGGCGCCAGCACAAUGUCUACUCCGAAAUGAGUGAGCCGAUCCGGGCUCUGUAUGAGCUUCUCGCUGGUAACGCUCUCCGCAGCGAAGGCAAGCCGGGUGGCGCGUUGGAAGAUCGCGCUUCGACAUUUACUUUCAGUGAACGUUUCCGCCUCGACUGGUUCCAAGCUUUUGGUCUGCGUCUCUGGUAUUGCAUUGCUGAGGACGAACCGAUCGAAUUUGCUGUCUCCAAGUUCCUUCAUGACAUCACCGAUGGUGGUGAGCCUGCCUUCCCCUUGCCAUCAUAUCUGGAGGCGAAUCGCGAGGCGGCACGCAACAACACCGAUAUUCUUGGCCGCGAGUCCCCUCUUUGGGUGCUUUUGAAGGUCUAUGCGGUGGCAGCUGGCGGUGCUGAUGCUGCUACUCUUCCCAAGUUGGAAUUCCCGGCAGCAGUGCUUCCCGAGUCCGUAUCUGGUGACAAAAUGUCCAACCGUCUGUCAUUCCAGCUGCACCACUUAGUCUGUGUCCUCGUUGGUCAGCAUGACCGGGUCGCCGUUGACAAUGCCCGCGCCGACCAGCUGGUGUGGGAUUACGCUUGGGAGCUCAGCUCUGUCGGCCAGUUCGAGCAGGCGGCUUUCGUGCUUCUCCAUCUAUCGCGGGCUGUGGACCGCGAGCGUGCGGUGAAGGAUCUUCUGGCACGAUACGCGCGGAUGCUUCCCAAUCCAACAACCGCUGAGGGCGCUCCGGAUGCGACCUGGCAUUAUUUCACGAACGAUCUUCAGCUUCCUGAGGCCUGGCUGUGGGUUGCCAAGGCUCUCUACGCGCGCGAUGCUGGGGACGCUGCGGCGGAGGUGGACUGCCUCAUUCGCGGCAAGAACUGGAAUGAUGCGCAUGCCACGUUCUGUCGCGUUGUUGGACCACGAACAAUCAUUGAGCGCGACUAUGCCACGCUAGAGAUGCUGCUGUCAGGUUUCGGAGAUGGACCCGAGCGGAAGGUGAGAGGCUGGACGAACGGAGGAGGCGUCUACGAUGACUUUUUGCGACUGGUCACUGCCAAGGGUGCCCGCAAGGAAACGAACCGUUUGAAGCGUCUGGUCGCAGCACUGGUUGCGAUGGGAGAGAAGGUCAGUCAGGGAGCUGGUCCGGAGGGACUGGAGGAGAGAGUUGCUUUCCGCGAAAUGAGCCGUGUGGCUGCGGGAUGGUGUGUACAGGAAGAGGGAGAUGCUGUCGCAUUGUCUGCUGUCCUUAACUUGCCGCUGACAGGCGAUGCGCGGUUGCAGCACACGACCGAGCUGAGCCGGCGAUACUACAGCGUCGUCAUGGCCGGUGCUUACUGA